AUGACGAACCAUCUCGUCCCCACCGCGGCGACAAUCUCGCUCGGCCACGACACGCUCAACAACUACGCCUGGCUCACGGGGUCCCAACCAUGCAACCCGGUCCUGAUUUCCCCGUACGGGUCGUCUGAGUGUGGCGUCGAAUUCGACGUCGCUGGAGACGAGGACGGCGACGAUGAUGUGGCUACAUAUCGACUCCAGCACUGCGGAGAGGCCAGCGAGUUCCAGCUGCAGGAGCAUGCCGGCGGGGAUGGAUGGGCGUUCUACGCGUAUUGUGAGCCCGCACCACUGGGAGGGGAUGGCCGGAUGGAUUGUUCCUCUUCUGUGCUGGAGGAGUGGAGGUGUGGGUGA